AUGGCACUUUUUGUAUUCGAAUAUCAGGCAUUCCUAUGCUGGAUCUACACGACAAUCCGAUUUGCCGAUUUCACGAGCGAAAUGGAGAGACAUUUCCGUGAUAUGAAGGAACACCAUCGACUACUCUUGUCAGUAUUACCGCCACGAAGUGAGCCAUUUCUGCUGGCCAUGUUGCGCUUCUCGCAGAUGUGUCUUGAAUAUGCAGCGUUUUGCGACGAUGAAGCACUUCAGUGGUGUCGACUAGCAUACGUCAGAAAUCUUCCACGAAAGAAGUCAUCUGCGUCGAAUACCAUGCGAAGCGCAUCGUCGCUCAGUUCGUCAUCUUCAUCAUCCGAAAUCGACGAAAUCCUUUCCAGGAGAGAUUCAGAACGUAUUGCCAGCAUGCUUCAGGACUUACGUAGCAACAUUUCCGAGAUCGAACUUGGGAUGGCAUUAAGUGUGGACGACAUCAGCGAUGAGAAACUAGUUCACUAA